UCUAAAUCAAUCAAAAUAUAUAAACCAAUUAAUUGGAUUUAUAAAUACUACUAUUCUCGAUUUUUUUUAAGAAAACUCCUAAACUACAGGCUUCAGCCUUUCAUUGUAUUUAAAAUUGUAUGGCACUGGUCAUUGUAUGUAUAUACAGCUAACGAACAUUAUAGUUGUCGAGGUAUCAAAGAAAGGUAGAACACAUAAAGCGUGUGUUGAACAAAUCUGCGAAAGUUGCAUUGUUUAAUUCAAUAUGCAUGCAUUAUACAGUUGUGACCAUUGACUAUCAUACUGCUCUAAAUCCUAUAUUUUCCUAAGUUUUCUUAUGAAAAUUACUAAUUUGCUGCUAGUAGAUUGAUAUAAACACACUAUUGGUGGGAAAUGAUGAUGUAUACAAACUAUAUUAAUUAUGAUUCUAGUCGCUCAAUCAAGAAAUCAAAAUCUACCUAAUUAAGAUAAAUGAAAACAAAAUAACUGACAGAAAGUGCUUCUUUUGUCAAUAAAAUCGCUGAAUGACAGGAAUCUUCGAACACAAAUCUGUAAAAAUGAUAAAAUCGAAAAUCACAAACCAUUGUCAUCCACGUAUUACCGUGUUCUAUUAUAUGUUAUAGUAUCACGACUAGGCAAUGUUUAUCUAUUUUCUGAAACAUUCUUACAAUAAUAGACUAAGAAUCUUUUGUUAAAUAAAUUAUUAACAUAUAUGAUUGUAUACGACAAGUAGUAUCAUGGUUCCCCACUUUCUUAUAUUUUUCCCGAUCAAGCCAUACUUCUUCCUUCAUUCAUCUCCACCAUCACAAUUUGGCUAUAUCUUGAUAUUUAUUGUGUGUUCUGUAUGGGAUACUAUCUAUUUGCUUAGAGAGACACAUAUGUUUUGUGUAUGUUCAUUCAGAGGCUUUCUCCAUCAACCACUAUCUGUAAUCUUUAGAUAAGAGAUAGUGGUUGUGUUAAGCUUAUUACAAUAGAAGAAGCUGAUAUAUACAUUUGGAGGUGGCUAGUGAUCUUCUCAAUAGACAAUCAAUAAUGACAAUGAAGAUGAAGGGAAUCUACAAAAGCUUCAGAUCGAUCUCUCAUAUAUUUGUUGAGAAAGAAAGAGAUUUGGAGAUUGGGUACCCAACCGAAGUAAAGCAUGUGGCUCAUGUUGGCUGGGAGGGCUCCUCUGGCAGUGCUCCUGCAUGGAUGAGUGAAUUUAAAGCAGCAGUGGAGCCUUUAUCUCCAAGAGCAUCAUCCUUUAGUCAUGCAACACAUUCAAAUUCUUUCUUGGUCACUUCUUCAUCCACUGAUUUUGAACAGAGCUCAAGCCAACCAACUAUAUCAGAUAGGCUAAGGGAUGUGCCUCCAAUUCCAGUAGGUCUAUCCAAGGUUCAUACUAAGAGCAAGAAUAGGAGAAAGAAACCAUCUUCAUCAUCACCAAGAUCCAAAUUACAAUCUCCAAAGUCUUCAAGAUCCACAGGUUUAUCUAAAUAUUCGUUCAAAUCAAUGACAACUCGAUUGAACUCUAAUGCAUGAAGGUGAAUUUAAACAAACAAAAAUCAUUACUUGUGUCACACAUUAUGCAUAAGGAAAGUUUUUGAUAGUUCUGGUGAUUUUUUUUGUUCAAAGACAUUUUGUUUUGUAGUUCUCGGAUUUGAACAACUUCUAUGUACAUUGUCGAAAAAAAUUACAAAAAAAAAGAUAAAUAUUAUUUGUGCGAGAGAAAAUUAUUUACUUUCUAUUGUAAUCUGGAUUCGCAGAUUGGAGAAAUGGAUUUCCUUAUUACAAGGAAUCAAUAAUUUUAGGCUGAAUUUAAUAGAAAAUUAGAAAUUUAAUCUAAUAUCUCUCUCUCUUGAUUUUUUUCCUUAAAAGAAACUAGUUUAAUUUGUUGUCAAUUUUAAUUUUCUUUUAGCAUAAAGGGUAUGCAAGUAUGAUUAGCCGUUAGGAGCUGUACAUGAGUUUUGAAAUAAAAAAAAUUGUUUCAAAAGAGAUACUCCAUGUUUUACAUUUACUAUUUUAUAUAAUUAGUUAAUAUUAAUAAAUUGUAAAUUUCAAAAAAAUUGUAUUUAUUCAAAAACAUUAAUUUUAAAUUAUUGAAAAUAAUUAAAAAUAAAAAUUAAUAUAUGCAUAAUCAAUUUUUAAUAUGUGUGAAACAGAAAAAAAAAGAUAUAUCAUUUAAAAACAAAGGAGUAAAAAUUAAUAAUUAAUACAGCCACAUCCAAAAAUGUGAGGGAAAAUGAACAACGAUACUCUUCUUUGAUAAAAGCCGAGAACCGAACGUAAUAUUCUUAGUUUACCAAGGCCCAUAUCGCUAGUUCGUGUUAUCAUAUACUUCAGUAUCAAACACAUAGUAGACUGUGUCAUGUUAGAACUUAGAAGUACAUGAUUGGACAAAGAGGCGUAGUUCAAAUAUGUAGUAGCCCGAAAGACGUCAUCAAUAACAUGAGGCUGAGGUUGGCUAGAGCCUUGACGGCCCUAUACUUAAUUUGUUUAAUUUGUGAUGACGGAAAUUGACAAUGUUCAUCCUGAUUCGUUGGAGAAGAUGAUAGUGACUCUGUUCAUUUCUUAUGUGAAAAGUGCAUGAUAAACAGUUCAAAAAUUUAGAGUUUUCAGUAAAUUUUCUAGGUUUUGUACUAAUUAUUAAAAAUUAAAAAAAAAACUUUUUCA